AUGGACACCGCUACUAAUAGCGACUAUGGUGGCGCCAAGCGGAGGGAUGGAGAGUAUGAGAGGGAAGCGGAACCUUCUCUCAAACGUGCAAGGGUAGAAAAGAUCCCAGAAGUCCUUAGUACGAUCGAGCCCUCAGCUCCCGAUGCUGAGGAUGUCUCCAUGGGUGAAGAUCCAAAGGAGUUCAAUGGGGAGAAACCCAUCACCAGUUCGAAAAUGGGGGAAUAUGGCACCGAGGACCUCUUGCCUCCAGAUGUCCCUGCCUUUACUGGAAUAAUUAAGCAGAGAUUUACAGAUUUCUUGGUAUAUGAAAUCAAUCUCCAAAAUGAGGUCGUACGUCUCAAGUGCAUAGAGAAGCCCGAAUCCACUUCAGAUCAGCCACAACCGAGGAUCGAUGAAGCAACCCACCCAACCACUACCCCAUUCGUCACCACCGAGGCAACCACCACAAAAGAAGAGCGAUCUCUCAAUGUCCAUAAAAAUCUCCCUGAAAAGGCGGAAGCACUGGAGGAACCAUGGCCAAGCCAUUUUGACGAAAAGCUUUUACCUCUACUUCCAUUAUCCACAAUUCAGAGGCUCAAAGAAAUGUUUCUCCAAGGCCCUACGCCUUCGGUCCCUCCUAGCUCUGAAUCGACGUUGGGGAAUUCAUCAGGUGUCCUGGAAAUCGUCGGUACUCCUGCUGCCCCUCAAGACUCAACAACACCGAUUUCAGUCCCCGAGACUUCAGCAUCAAUGCAUCCAAAUGGGAAGAAAGGGGCUCGCGGGAAGGGGAAAGAUCGAGGUCGUAGUCGAAGCAGCAGAGGACGUGUGGAGCGAGAAAAAAGGCGAAGCGACAGUCGCUCGGUUCUAUCAGAGCCUAUCCAAAGCAAAACAGACAGAACUGCUUUUCAUCAAAUUAUUCGCGACGGGGGAUCCGGAACCAGGGGAGACGGCCCAGGAUCAGAAUUAAAUGGAACCACCGCGGCGCUGGGAAGGAGCACUCGCGAUGUGAAUAAGCCUCAAAUCCCUCCUUUUAUCCAUUUCACAUUACACAAAGCCAAUCGAGAUACACAAGAUGCUCUGGGCCACAUAUCUCGACCUGGGUGUCGCGGGACUAAGGACAAGCGAGGCGUUACAACACAGCGCGUGAACGUCUGGAAAAUGGUGAAUAAUGUUCCUGGAAGGAGAACUGCUGAGGAAGCUGUCAAGGCCAGAGGGGAGCGUGGUGUUAGGAUUGGCGAUCUUGAGUACAGAAAAGCUGGCCUCGAACUCGGGAUGCUGGAAGGCAACAAGUUCGUGAUCACACUAAGGAAUGUCAAGGCCGAGUCCGAGGAUUCACUAAAUAGAUCAAUGGAAGUUAUAAAGCAGAAAGGCUUUAUUAACUAUUAUGGCAUGCAACGUUUUGGCACGUCUUCGGUACCAACACACUCGAUUGGACUUGCGUUACUGCAGUCGAACUGGAAGAGAGCCAUCGACUUGAUUCUUCGACCACGUCCAGAUCAUCAGAAUCUCGAAGGGGCUUUAUCACUGAUGCCCCGAAGAGCGGUGGCGGAGAGGAGCAUUCUCGAAGCUUUUCAGAAGAACUUCGGUUUGGCUACAGACCUACAGGGUGCACUGAGUGCGAUCCCGAAGAAUUUGCGUCUUAUGUACGUGCAUGCGUACCAGUCGUACGUAUGGAAUGCCAUCGUGUCAGAGCGCAUCCGGAAAUAUGGAUGUGAUGGCCCAGUAAUCGGUGACCUGGUUUUGACAAAUCCCCAGCGAAAUCGCAGAGAACUCGAAAAGAGGCUGAAGCAGAUGCUGGUAAACCGUCCCCCUGACUUGGCAAUUCAAUUCACACACGCUGAUUUACAUGCCAGGGAUGAUACUGGAGGUUCAGCAAGGCGCUCAAAAUCCCACAACGCCAAGGUUCUCACAGAGGAAGAUCUGCCACACUACACCAUAUACGAUGUUAUUAUGCCUCUUCCAGGAUCUGAUGUUGCAUACCCUGGGGGCGAAUUGGGCGAAAAAUAUAAAGCUUUUAUGCGCGCUGAUGGACUUGACCCUCACAAUUUGAUCCAUAAAAGAAGGGAGUAUUCACUUUCUGGCUCAUAUCGGAAGAUCAUGUAUCUUCCCGCGAAGUUUCCUGAUCCUGAGGUCCCUCUUGCCCAGUCGGACGAGGAUAAGAUAUUAUGUUUUGAGUCUCCAGCAUCCCAUCCGGACGGAAAAUUCGUCGCUCUUCAGAUUGAGCUAGAAUUGGGCUCCUCUGUUUAUGCGACAAUGGCCCUGCGCGAGGUUACGAAGACUGAAACAAGCGCUCAUUAUCAAACUGCAUUGACUCAGUCUUCUGAAGACCAAGGUCAUCGGGGGGCGGCGCUAUCAUGA